AUGGACAGGCGCCACGACGACCACCACGACCACCACCACGGUCAAAGCCGGAAUGGCAUCAACGCGAACGACACACACGGCACAACCACGCUAUCGUUGGCGGAGUGGCACAUGUCCCAGCACGCCGAGCAGCAGCCUGGCGACGAGCCAACAGGCCACGCCACCACCAACAUCGGCACACAUGACAGCAGCAGGUGA